AUUAAACAGCAAGGCAUGGGAUCACACAAUUGUAUAAAUGUUCUCACAUCACACUUGCCACAUGGUGGUUCGAAGCUGUGAACCAUUAAAUUGAUUUCCCUUUAAAUCAAAAUGUAUCUGUUUAGUGUUCAGAGUUAGUUAUGCUCUCUCUUCUCUAGUUUUCUCCAUCAUUACUCACAAUGCGCUACCUCACUUGCAACGCCGAGUCCGCAAUAGCCACAUGCGACCCUCACUCCCUCAAGAAGAAGAAAAAGCCCAAAAGUCCAGCCCAUGCCCAGCCCGUGCGACACUUCGCCUACUCCGACAUCCUCGACGCCACCAACAACUUCUCUGCCGACACCUUCCUAGGUAAAGGCAGCCACGGCACCGUCUACAAGGCCGCCUUCCACGGCGGCGCCCUCGUCGCCGCCGUCAAAAUAACCAAACCCAAAACCUCAAACGAAAUCGAAAUUCUCUCCCACCUCAAAAAAAACCCUCGUCUUGUUAACCUAAUUGGCUUCUGCAACGACCAAACCCAAACUAACAACAUUAACAACAACAAACUCAUUGUUGUCGAGUACAUGCCAAACGGUUCGCUCCACGAGCUUCUCCACUCGACUAAAAAACCGGUUCGACCCCCAAGCUGGACCGCGCGAGUCCGGUUUGCGGUUCAGGUCGCGAAAGCGGUUCGCCUUUUACACUCUUCCGAACCGCCAGUUAUUCACAGGGACAUAAAAUCGUCCAAUGUGUUAAUCGACGAAAAGUGGAACGCUAGACUCGGUGACUUCGGGCUCGCGGUGAGGGGACACGUGGCGGAUUCUCGCGUGCCACCGGCGGGGACGUUAGGAUACCUCGACCCGUGCUAUCUUGCGCCGGGAGAUCUAAGUUCCAAGAGCGAUGUCUUCAGUUUCGGAGUUUUGCUGCUCGAGAUCGCGAGUGGGAGGCACGCGCUCGACGUGAGGCACAGUCCGCCGUCGGUGCUGGACUGGGCGGUGCCGCUGGUCCGGCGCGGCGAGUUUAAGGAGAUUUGUGACCCGAGAAUUGGAGCACCGCCGGACAUGGCGGCGUUCCGGCGGAUGGCGGUGCUGGCGGCGAGGUGCGUGAGGAGCACCCCGGAGAGAAGGCCGUCGAUGGUGGAGGUGUUGGAGUGUCUAACGGCGGUGAGAAAAUGUUUUCGCGCGCCGGUAAUGUGGAAGAGGAUUAAGAGGCGCGUGGAGAUAGCGCGUGGGGAUUUGUUUCAUGAUUGGGACAGGAGUGAGGAAGUUGUGAGAGUAGUUAAGUUAGGAAGUAGUAGUAGUAGUAGAAGGAACGGGAAAGUAUCUAGUGUGUCGGGUGUAGAGUAUGAGGGUGGACACGCGAAUCCAGCGGUGAGAUCUAGAUCGGUUGGUUCGGGUUCGGGUUUGGUUGGGUUUGGGUUCAAGAAUAGAAAAGGGAAAGUGAGGCUAAAGAGAUCGAGGUCUAUGGGGAGUCCGGUGCCUCUCCGGUGGUGAUUGGAAGGUGGGCCCCACAAGAAUGUUGGAGAGAAUCUUAACUCGUCUAUGUGGUUUUCGUACCACUAACACUUUAGCAUCUUUACAGGUCAGGGGAAAAGAAAUUGCUGGCCUGGUCAGUUAAUACUCUUACAUUUUAAUUCCACAAUUCUUUGUUUCAUUUGUUUACUUUGCAAAUGUAUUCUUUGUUACAUCAUUUACAUGUUUGGCAAGCAUAACGAUUGUAAUAUCUACUAAUAUAAUGGUCUCUAAUAAUAUUGAAUCCAAUCUGCAUAUAUGAAAAAAAUAUGUUUGGAACCAAUUAUCAAA